AUGUUAGCCACACGUGACUUCAUAUUAAACGCUUUUGGCUUAUUCGCGGAUGAGCUUCUUCUAAGUGCCGCUGAAUGCGCAAGACAAGCUAAUAGUUACUGGCAUACGCUAGGAGAGAAUGGUCAACAACGCACGAAGAGAUUUGAUAGCAUGGUGCAAGCCAGAUUUACUUGGAAUGGAAAUAUUCGUUCAGCACUUACAAGAGCAUUGGGAGACCUGCGCGCUUAUUCGUUCAAACCGGAAAAGAACGAACUCGUUCCCCUGUCGAAAAAACGCACUUGUACAGUUGCAGUGGCCACCGAUCCGGUCCAGGUCAGGGAUGAGGACAAAGAAUAUGAACUCGAAACACUUUGAAGCAAUUCUAUCACACAUAAGCAUCACUAUUACUUUUGUUUGUUCCAACAUGUUCUCAUUAUCACCGCACUAAUUAGAAGAAUUUCCAUUUUUAUAUCCCAUAUCACUUAUGGUGCUCUUGCUUAUUUGUUUACAUUCCUAUAACUUGAAGAUCCGAGGCCGUAUUCAUUAUUCAUACCUUGAGGUAAAUCCUGCUUCCAGGUAGUUUAAUCA